UUAGAACCCCGCAAGAAGAGAGAGAGAAUGCCGCCUUCUCCUCUCCUAUAAACAAAGUUGCUUCUCUCUAGGGUUUUACUUCACAGCGCGCAGCCUCGUAAAAGAUCAGUUGUUUGCCGCCGUCUCUUCCUCUUCCUCAGUCGCCGCCGCCUCUUCGCAACCGCAACCAUGAUCAUUUCGGAGAAGAAUCGCCGGGAGAUCUCGAAGUAUCUGUUCCAAGAGGGAGUUUGCUACGCGAAGAAGGACUAUAACUUGGCGAAGCACCCGGAUAUCGAUGUGCCGAAUCUGCAGGUGAUUAAGCUGAUGCAGAGCUUCAAGUCCAAGGAGUAUGUGAGGGAGACGUUUGCUUGGAUGCACUACUACUGGUACCUCACCAAUGACGGUAUCGAGUUUUUGAGGACUUACCUCAAUCUCCCUUCGGAGAUUGUUCCUGCUACUCUGAAGAAGCAGGCCAAGCCUCCUGGCCGCCCCAUGGGCCCGUCCGGUGACCGCCCCCGUGGCCCAUCUCGCUUUGAUGGAGAACGCAGAUUCGGUGGUGACAGGGAUGGGUACCGUGGAGGACCUCGUGCCCCUGGGGGUGACUUUGGGGACAAGGGUGGAGCUCCUGCUGAUUAUAGACCUUCUUUUGGGGGGCCCGGUGGAAGACCUGGCUUUGGUCGCGGAGCUGGUGGUUUUGGUGCAGGCCCCGCUAGCUCUAAUCAAUCUUAAAUGAAUGGAUGUUAAGAGCAGAUGGCAUUUUGUAUUACGAGAUAGUAGCAGUUUUGUUUAAUUGUUUCUGUUUGAAUACCAAGGGGGAUUUUCGUGGAUGUUUGUUUUAUUCUACUUUGUGCUUGAAUGACACCUUAAAACUAUUUUCUUUGGGUCAUUUAUCGAAUCAGCAGUAUUUUCGUGUUACUGCAGCCUAGUGUUGUACUAGUCUGAGUGUGAAGUAAUUCUGUUUUGGUUUUCCGGU